GCUGCGGGUUGGUCGGUGGGUGAAGUUUUUGUGUGCAUUGACCACCCGCGAAAUUCUAGGGUUGUGAAUUCUUCUGUCUCUGAGCACUUUGCGUCCCACAUCUCAGAGUGCGCUUUGGAGUAACGACGAGACCAGUAAAAGCAGGGCGGUAUUAAUCAUAAACAGAUUCCUCAAAAUGGCCAACCCUAGAGUCGAAGAGCUUCCCGACGAGGAGGUCAAGAAGACUGUCGUCGACGACCACGAUGACGACAGCAGCUCCGACUCCGAUGGCGAAGAGGAGACCAACCUCCCUGCCGGCUCGACCGCCGUCAUCCACUCCCGCAACGAGAAGAAGGCUCGCAAGGCCAUCGAGAAACUGCAUCUGAUCCGCGUCGACGGCAUCACCCGCGUCACCCUCCGCCGCCCUAAGAACAUUCUCUUUGUCAUCAACAACCCCGAAGUCUACAAGUCGCCCAACAGCGGCACAUACAUCGUCUUCGGUGAGGCGAAGAUUGAAGACCUGAACGCCUCAGCCCAGGCUGCCGCUGCCCAGCAGCUUGCUUCCUCGGCCGGCCACGACCACGACCACGCUGGCCACAGCCACGGUGAGGCCAAGGCCAGCGAGGGUGACGCCAAGAAGGAGGAGGAGGACGACGACGAGGAGGUCGACGCCGACGGUAUCGAGGACAAGGACAUUGAGCUUGUCAUGACCCAGGCCGGCGUCUCGCGCACAAAGGCCAUCAAGGCUUUGAAGGAGAACGACAAUGAUAUAGUCAACUCCAUCAUGGCUUUAAGCGUCUAAUGGGGGGAUGGUUUGAUUGCUAGUGUAUCUUUGGGCUGAGGUUUUUUCGGCCAUGGACGAGCGUUUUCGUACGCCUCCCAGGCAUGAUUUGAUAGGAGGUCCGGGUAUUAUGUGGCUCAUGACCAGAACGACCAUGAAACAGCAAUGAAAAAAGCAUAGCUGAAUCUUUGUGACAA